GCUUUGUCAUUGAAAAUAAACGGAUGGAAUGUGAAAGAUGAACACAGGAAAACGGUGGGACGUUGGCUCGUCGUCACUGUGAAGAGGAGGAUAUGUGAACGCGCGAGUGGAGGUGCGAGACAGUGACUCCGUCUUUGUGCUUACCCGGUCAGGCUGUCACCGUCGGUGACUGUGGGACGGGACGGAGGAGAUGUACGCCUUCUAUUCGCUGUUAGUCUACAUCUUCUACACCGUCUUCAAGAAGGAGGAGGAGGAGGAGGAAUCCUUGGAGGGGGCGUGUGGAGCCGCCUCAGAGGAGCCAGGACAUGUUUCUAUGGAAACAGGGAGCAGAAGGAGAAAUGGCCACACCCCCAAGAUGAGAAAAAAAGCUUGCGCUAGGUGCAGUGAUUCAAGCAGCAGCAGUGACAGUGAUGGCCUUUCUCUGAGUGAUGAAGAUGAGGACGGCAGUCCGGACAUCCCGGCGUGCACUCCUCUGGGCGCCUUCCUGUCUUUCAAGCAGGAGGCCGAGAAGAGGAGGGCCUCUCAAGUACAACUGGAGACAGCAGGAAAGUUGACAGAGUCUCCCUUGGUGGCGGUGAUGUCCCACUUGCUGAGCUUUCUGGAGCAGUACUCCCACUUCCAGCAGCUGCAGCAGCAGGCCGACCAGUACCGAGUCCAGCUGAAGCGGCACCGUGUCCAGCACCGCCGGCAGAUGAAGGCCCUCCGAUCCUCCUACCGUCAGCGCCUCAGGGACAAGAAGAGCAUCAUCAGCAGCCUGGAGGAGGCCAUCAGCCAGCAGCAGAGCCCCAGCCCGGGGAGCGAGGGUGAGUUUGGCGGUGACGCGGGGACCCAGGCUGGGGUUCACCGGCUGGUUGAAUCUCUGUACGGCCUGCAAGGUGAACGGAGCAAACUGAGAGGAGAGCUCCGGCUGCUGCGCUCCGAGCUGGAACUGAACGAACAGGACCGGCACUCCCGCAUACAGGCCUUCCAGCAGCAGAUCGACGAGCUGAAGAGCUGCAUCGAGGAGCGUGAGGAGGAGCUGUCCAGACUGAGAAACGCCUCGGGAGCUACAGACUCGGAGAAGCGGGUGCUGUGUCUGUCAGUGGAAAACGAGAGUCUCAAGCAGAACCUGAGUGUCACCCAGGGCCUCCUGCAGCAGCUGUCAGUCAUCCCCUCCCAGUCCAGUUCCAUGCUGGUCAAGGAGAACGAGACGCUGCGUAGCCGGGUCCAGCAGCUGGAGACGUCUCUGCAGCAGCGCGCAGAGCAGCUGUCCCAGCUGGAGAGAAGGAGCGAGGAGAGCGAGUGGAGGAAAAGGGAGGAGCUGAAGAAGCGAGAGGAGAGAGUGAGGGAGCUGCAGCUGGAGCUGGAUCGAGAGCGAGGCAAGGAGCCGGCGGUCAAGUACGUCACCCAGACCGUGGAGGUGGAGUCGCCCGCCACACUAAAGCAGCUGGGGAAAGCUCGGCAGAGGAGCGAGCUCCUGUCGGAGAAGCUCUCCAGACAGAACCAACGCUGCAAGGACCUGGAGGAGAAAAUCAGGAAAUCUGACGAAUACAGCUGUAACCUCCAGCACAAGAUUGCAGCCUACGAGCGAGAAAUCAGCAAGCUGAGAGAAGAGCUGCUGAAGGAGAUCGGCCACCUAGAGGAGAAGAAGGAGGAGGCGGUGAAGGCGGCAGCGAACUGCUCUGCAGAACACUUCCAGAGCCUGCAGGACCAGUUCUUCAGCCUACAGAAGCGUCUGACAGCUCUCCCUCCCAACCUGCGCUCCAUGAAGACCGACUACGCCAGCCUGAGGAGCCAGGUCCGCAACUUCUCCGACUUCUAUGGAGCCGCCAUCAACGAAGCCAAAAAACAGAUUUCUGCAGCUAUCAGUGAAAUGUCGGAGGCCAACAAAGAUCUUCUGGAGAAGUACAGGAAGGAAGUGGCGCUGCGCAGGAAGUACCACGAGCAGCUGGUGGAGCUUAAAGGCAACAUCCGGGUGCUGUGCCGCGUAAAGCCCGUGCUGAAGGAGGACCAGCACGAGGACGGCCAGUCAGUCGUCGUGACAACGGACCCCAACAACGAAUCGGCCCUGAACGUGAUGAGCAAAGGAAAGAGUCGAGUCUUUGAACUGGACAAGGUCUUCCACCCUCAAGCUACACAGGAAGAGGUCUUCCAGGAGAUUGAACCUCUUGUGACUUCCUGCAUCGAUGGUUACCACGUCUGCAUAUUUGCCUACGGACAGACAGGCUCAGGGAAGACGUACACCAUGGAGGGCAGCGCGGAGAACCCGGGUAUCAACCAGCGAGCCCUGAAACACCUCUUCAGCGAGAUAGAGGACAGGAAGGACAUGUGGUCCUACGCCGUCAGUGUCAGCUCUGUGGAGAUCUACAACGAGGUGCUCAGGGACCUGCUCAGUAAGGACGGGGAGAAACUGGACAUAAAAAUCAACCCAGAUGGGACAGGUCAGCUGCAUGUGCCGGGCCUCAGGGUCAUCGAGGUCAAGAGCUUUCAGCACAUCAAGAAGAUCCUGGCGAUGGCGCGCCGAAACAGGAUCACUUUCGGCACCCAGAUGAACCAGCACAGCUCCCGCUCCCACGCUCUGCUCUGCAUUACUGUGCUGGGAACAGACUUGGCCAGCGGGACCAAGACCACAGGCAAGCUGAACCUGGUGGAUUUGGCCGGGUCUGAGCGGGUUUGGAAGUCUGGUGCCGAGGGGGAGAGGCUGAAGGAAGCCCAGAAUAUCAACCGCUCCCUGCUGGCCCUGGGAGACGUGAUCCAGGCUCUGAGGGGCCGGCAGACACACAUCCCUUUCAGGAACUCCCGCCUUACGUAUCUACUACAGGACUCUCUGGGCAAAGGCAACAAGACGGCCAUGGUCGUGCAGGUGUCUUCUCUGGAGAGGAACGUGGGAGAGACGUUGUGCUCCUUAAAGUUCGCUCAGAGGGUGUGCAAGGUGGAGCUUGGUCCUGCCGCCAGGAAGAUUGAAUCUGGUGGAUGCCAUUAUGACUCGCAGACUUGA